AUGGCCAUCGAUGGGACAGACGUUUCUGCUGCCUCUCAUGAGACUGUUGUACAGGUUAUUGGAAGCUCCAGGGGGCCUCUGAGGCUGGUGGUUCACACUGAAGGUCGAGUCAUUGAAAAUCCUAUUCUAGCAGACGAAAAGUUCGGUCACAAAGAAGUAGCUUUCCAGAGGACUGGUGUUCUCCGUACCAUCUCAGAUGAUUCAAAUAACUCUUCUUUCAAUAAAUCCACCAGUUUCAGACAGAGACCUGUGUCGGAGCCGGACAUGUCUCAGUGGUCACAACAGUGGAGUGCUUUUCCUCAUUGGGACACUGAUGAGCUCUCCAAGCAAGGGGACACAGACUCUGUUUUCACCGACACAGAGGACGUCAAUCCAGACUGGAGUGCUUUGAACAUGACAUUGGUAGUAGGCUACUUGAGCUCAACUGAGCUCAUUCUCAAUACUUCUGACUCUGAGGACUGUCUAAAGGCUAUUCUGGAGCGGAUCCGACAGUUGGGAACAGAGCAGGACACUCACACUUUGGUGAUGAUGAAGAUCAUGUUUGACUGUAUUCGACUCUGCGAUGAUGCUGGUGCUGUGCUGGCAGCGUUACCGGCUGAGAAUCUGGUUUUAGGAGCAGUUUGUGCUGAAGACGCCCGUUUCUUUUGCUUGGUGACCACAGCACACAUUAUAAACGGUCAGGUACCAGAAGACAGUCCCUUAAGGGCCUCCUGUCAUGUUUUUUUUAUUGACCCGGUGCUGAACAGCCAUCAGGACCACAUUGGCAUUGCUGGACGUUUUGGCUUGAGCUGCACAUCGGACCCCGACUCUGGGUGCUUGGAGUUCCCUCACACGCCCGCAGACGUGCUGCACUUUGUCACUGUGCUGUACGGUGACAUGGGGGAUGCAGUGGAGAGGCUCAGGGCCAAGCUGGACUCUGAGGCUCAGCAGCAGGCUCAUGUCAGUGAUACCAGUGAAAAACAUGGAAGUGCAAGCAGCAAUGGGGACAGUGGAAUAGGGAAUAGUUCACCACCUGAACAGAGGGCUGAUAGGGAUUUUCCAACUACGAUGAAAAACCCCCCUGAAUCCCACCUCCCCAGCUGUCCCUGGGAUUAUCCUCCGUCUGAAGACCUCACCCCAAUAAACCUUUUCAAGGACGAGCCCAAACCUAAUCUUGACAAUAGUACAGGCACACAUUCCCUUUCUGAGUCUCUUCCAGGCCCUGAUGGUCUGAAAAGCUUCUACGGAGGACCUCCACCCAGACUGGAGUUCCAGUUCAAGCCUCCACCUCCUCCACUGCCUCUGGCUAAAAAAACAAACUUCUUUGUAGACCCUCUUCGGAGGAGUCAGAGGUGGUUUUCAAAGCCCAAGGGGCUGAAGGCAAUGGAGGAUGAGAAUGCGCCUCACGCAGUCAAUCACUGGUGUGUGAGUUUAGGGCCCGGUCCUGCUAACAUGCCACCUCCUUUGAGCCAGUUCCCUACAGACCGGUACCAGUUCACAGAGGCUCUGAUGCUCCCGCCACAAAAGGAAUGGACCCAACGCUUUAUUGAGCAACGAGACAAGCAACAAAAGUGCCCCCACAAGAAUGUCCCCCGGUUUUGGGUCAAGGGCGUCACACGUGCUUCCAAACGCCGCUCAUCCAAACGUCUCAGUUUGGCGAGAUCCUUGGAUGACCUUGAGACAGCACGCGGACCCGACGAAUGGACCCCUUUACGCUCCUCUCCAGGCGCUGAGGACGAGCCAAAACCAACAGCCGCUCUGCUAUACAUGGAGCAAACUUUAACUCUCAAUACUUCCGCUGCGUCUUCAGAUGGCGAUUACGGUGGGGUCCAGUUGCAGGGAUGCUGCAGCCAAAGCAGCCUGAACAGUAAUGGCAGCCUUCCAGGAGCAGGAAGCCACCAUGAGCAGCGCGUGGCCAGCUGGGCCACCUGCUUCGAGCGCCUUCUCCAAGAUCCUGUUGGUGUGCGCUACUUUUCGGAAUUCCUCAAGAAAGAGUUUAGUGAGGAGAAUAUCUUGUUCUGGCAGGCCUGUGAAUGCUUCGGUAAUGUCCCUGCAACCGAUAAAAAGCAGCUGUCCCAGAGAGCCGGUGAGAUCUACAACAGCUUCCUGUCCAGUAAAGCCUCCAUGCCGGUCAACAUCGACAGUCAGGCUCAGCUGGCAGACGACGUCCUCACCUCACCGCAGCCGGGGAUGUUCAAAACGCAACAACUUCAGAUUUUCAACCUGAUGAAGUUCGACAGCUAUUCCCGCUUCCUCAAGUCGUCUUUGUACCAGGAGUGCGUGCGGUCGGAGAUAGACGGGCUUCCCCUGCCAGAUCCGUACCAAAUCCCCUGCAGCCCGGCGCCGUCCAAGCACAGCGCCAGCUCGGACCGCUCCUCGCUCUCGACGCCCAUAAAGGAGGUGAGAAAGCAGAGGUCCGGGAGGUCGCUGACAGAGGACUGCAAUGAAAGCGCAGACAAGAAACGUGGAAUCUUCUUUUCCUGGUCUCGGAAUAGGAGUUUUGGGAAAGGUCCAAAGAAGAAGGACCUUGGAGACAUUAACCUUGACCACUGGGGGAGCAAUGGCCGGAGGGAGUCCCAGGGCUCCUUGUCCUCUGGUACGAGCUUAGACAUGGCCACUUCCUGUUCGGCCAGCAAGAUUGAGUUGGAAAACCGUCACUCUGUCGGCGCGUGGGAGCGUUCACCAAAGCAGUGCAGCGUGAUGCUCCCUGACGGCUCCAGCUCUGCCAUCACCCUGAGGCCCGGAGCCUCCAUCAGGGACGUCCUGCAAGACCUCUGUCAAAACAUCAGCGUUAACAUCGCAGCAGUGGAUCUGUUCCUGGUGGGAGGAGAGAAGCCUUUAGUUUUAGACCAAGACUGCAUGACCCUCAGCUCCAGAGACCUGCGAAUUGAGAAGCGGACAUUAUUUAGGUUGGACCUAGUUCCCAUAAACCGUUCCGUGGGGUUGAAAGCCAAACCCACUAAACCAGUCGCUGAGGUCCUACGUCCCGUGGUGGCCAAAUACGGCCUCCACCUCAACGAACUUGUGGCCAAAAUAAGUGGGGAAACUGAUCCAUUGGACUUGGGUGCUCCUAUUUCAAGCUUGGAUGGUUUGCGUGUUGUUUUGGAGCGAGCAGACCCGACAGCCUCUGGAAAAGAUAAAGCAAAGUCGUCUUCUCUCAAGAGCCACCCUCCCACCAGGAUCCUCUCUGCUACUGGAGAUGAGAGGUCAACACCAAGGGACUUUGCUCUGAGAGCUGGGCCUGACUCCGGACUCCCAGGCGAAAAGAGAAAACAGAAAAAGAUUAAUAUAGAUGAAGCUGAAGAAUUCUUCGAGUUGCUGAGCCGCGCACAAAGCUCUCGAGCCAAUGACCAGCGCGGCCUCCUGAACAAAGACGACCUGGUGCUCCCCGACUUCCUGCGCCUCGCCUCCGACCUGUCCUGCUCCACUCCAGAGUCCAUCAAAUCGUUGCACAGAGAGAACGGCCUCCCUUCGCGGCCGCCCCUGUCCUCCCGCGCAGAGAGCCUGGACUCCUCCCUGGGCUCUGGCCCCAACGGACACUCUCGCCGGUGCCUGAUGCCGCCGCGACACACCUUCGGCAUGCACUUGUCCCCCAUUCCGCGGCCCUGCGACCUGCGCUCAGGCCUGCGCACGGUGCAAGAGGACGUGCCCUCGGACCUGACGCUGGUGGGAGAGGGGGACAUCAGUAGUCCCAAUAGCACCCUCCUGCCCCCGUCCCCGUCCACUGUGUCGUCCUUCAAUUGCAGUCUCCCAGAGGCCAAUUUCACCCCUCCUCCGCCCUGCUCCAAGCCCGACGGGAAAGCCACUUCAGACUGCCAGACUGACUCCAAAGCGACCGUGGAGGUAAUGGACGUGGAGAGCGUUCACCUGGAGGAGGGAACAUCCCAGGGAGAGGACUCGGAGCUCAGCCUGAGUUUCCAAGGUUACGUGGCCGAGCUCCGCCAAUGCCAAAGCAAAAUGAGGAGUGUCCAGCUGCCCCCCAACGGAACCCGCAACCCACCGGAGGGCCAGGACUGCAAAACUGACCUGUACAAGGCCACGAUCGUCUGA